AUGGCACCCUCAACCACCGAGGAUCUCGUCCCUGAGCCUGUCGCCUCCGGCCAGACCAAGCUCGCCGAGCGACCCAAGGAUGGCACAGCCCUGAACGAGCAGGAGCGCGAAGAGCUUGCCUUUGUCGACAAGUACAGCGCCCCGGAUAUCUACAUCAACUCCAAGACCGACACUCUGUGGUUCCCCUGGAUCGGACCCAUCGAGUUGAAGCCCAUGCGCAUGGAGAACAGAACCGGCACUUUCGUCGUCGGUCUCCGAUCAAAGGUCGCCGCCAGUCUCGGCAAGCACCGUCACCGCGGUACCGUCACAGCCAUUACCAUGUCCGGAGAAUGGGGCUACAAGGAAUACGACUGGGUUGCCCGUCCUGGCGAUUGGGUUUGUGAGAACCCCGGCACCAUCCAUACCCUGUCUGUCGAAGACGACACCGACAUUGUCUUCACCAUCACCGGUAGCAUCGAGUUCCUCAACGACGACGACACCCUGAAGUUCACCCUGGAUCUUUUCAGCUUCUCCAAGCUGUACUACGACCACUGUCAGGCUCAGGGCAUCAAGCCCAACGAUACUCUCUGGCACUAG